UAGGAGGUAUGGAUGUGUUAACACAGCAGGAGGUCCAAAAGCGUAACCGAUUGGGAGGAACGUGAUGCAGUUGGCCGCUUGCCAUAUACCUGCCGCUGACGGGAGGAGCCGAGUCGCGCGAACGCCGCCCCGGAAGAUUAACCGGAAGAAGAGUCAGGCUAUAAAAGCGAGACAAUGACACCGCAUCGGGCGGUGUUUUUUGUUUCUGUUUAUGUGUGCAAUCGCGUGUACCGGGAGGAUGGCUACCUUGUGCUGGAAGGAUUCUUCAGCCCAGAGGAGUGUGAAGUGCUGCGUGAACGGAUGAGAGAAAUAGUGGAGCAGAUGGAUGUUCCUGCUCAUUGCCGCACUCAGUUCUCCACUGAUCAUGACGAGCAGCUGAAGAGCCAGGGAAAUGCAGAUUACUUCAUCACUAGUGGGGACAAGGUCCGCUUUUUCUUCGAAAAAGGAGUCUUCGACGAAAAUGCGGAGUUUACUGUCCCAAGGGAACGUUCACUAAACAAAAUCGGACAUGCUCUCCAUGCCCAUGAGCCUGUAUUUAAAUCUAUCACACAUUCCCCUAAAGUCCAGACCUUGGCUGAAAAACUGGGUCUGAUAAGUCCUGUUGUUCUGCAGAGCAUGUAUAUUUUUAAGCAACCAGGAAUUGGCGGAGAAGUGACGCCGCAUCAGGACGCAACCUUCCUGUAUACGGAGCCUCUGGGCCAAGUGAUGGGGGUGUGGAUCGCUCUAGAAGAUGCAACUCUCGACAAUGGCUGCCUCUGGUUCAUACCAGGCUCACACAGGAAUGGAAUCAGCAGACGGAUGGUUCGAGCCCCAAAAGGCACAUUCCCUUUGACGGACUUCAUUGGUCGAGAACAAAAUUACGAUGACAGCCUCUUCAUACCAGCACCUGUCAAGAAAGGUGGUAUGGUUCUAAUUCAUGGUGAAGUGGUCCACCGAAGCGCCGCAAAUACCUCAGACGCAUCGCGUCAUGUUUAUGCCUUCCACAUCAUGGAUUCCGAGAACACGCGCUGGAGCCCUGAGAACUGGGAUUUCAGAAACCUUGAAUGGACAUCUGGGAGAAUUUUUUUCUUACUUACAGGACUUAACGGAAUUACAGGACUUAAAGGACACUUUUGAUAGAUACUGACCACUGCAGACCGGGAACACCCCACAAGAGAUGCUCUGAUCCAGUGGUCUAGCCAUCACAAUUUGGCCCUUCAUUAAACUCGCUCAAAUCCUUACGCUUGGCCAUUUUUCCUGCUUCGACCACACCGACAUUGAGGACAAAAUGUUCACUUGCUGCCUAAUAUAUCCCACCCACUAACAGGUGCCAUGAUGAGAUGAUCAGCGUUAUUCACUUGACCUCUCAGUGCUCAUAAUGUUAUGCCUGAUCCGUAUACAUUUUAAUGUUCUUCCGCCCUCUAGUGGCUGACCAGAAGAACUACUAUUCCAUCCACCUCUACUUUUUGUUUUUAUUGUACUCUAUGUUGACUUGCUCUCCCUAGAAAAAAGAGAGUAAAAAAUCCGUCCUGUUGAGUUUAUAUUAUUUAAAGUUAGUCCUUCAUAAAUAAAACAAAUCGCUGGCCAUUUCAUUGUUUUAAUUAUAAAAUGUCACAUUACAAUUUGCCUAAUUUAAAGCCUUCCACUGAACAGAAUGAGUCGAUCAGUAGUGAUCGAACUCGAAAAACGCCCCUUAUUUUACAUUCUCAAGGCUGAAAAUCAAUAAUAACGAUAAAAGACCUAUAAAAUGAAAUGCAUCAUUUAUUCAGUAACACACACAUGAGCACAAGUUGGAAGGAAGCAACUCUUUAUUUGAAAAAGUAAAGCACACACACCGCUGUAACUGACACACUGCAUCAUUCUAUAAAUUUACAUUCAGAAAUAAAAACAUCAGUGGAAAAUAUUGGCUCUCUACCAACUUAGUAAGAAAUCUCAGAUUAAAUGCGAAUUGCUUUGCUGUUCUGAGAUCAGUGUGGAGUUUGUCCUGGGUUUUAUUGAGGUGUUUCCUAAAGGAACCCAUUCAGCACUGAAAGACCUCAGACAGUUAUGUGAUAUUAAAAAUAUCAAACUAUUAAAAUUCAAUCCUGAAUAAAAUCUCAGACACAGAAAGCUGACUUUUCUGAUUUUUUUAAACAACGUUUGGUGUCAAUCUUCACAUGCUGUCUAUUCACAAUGCAUGUGAAGGUAUUUUUUCUCAAACGAAUUUUUUUCUUUCUAAUAUUAACGAAUGAAUAAAAUGCAAUGCAAUGCAAUGUGUGGGCUCAUGUGACCCGACCCAAAAAGUGCUUAUUUUCCUAUAACAGCAUGUCUUUAACCCCUCAAUUUUCUUAUUAAAGAAUGAAUCAUUGUAGUUUUCAAGCAUUCCUUGUUACAUGUAAUGUUGAGGAACAUCUGCAUUGUAGCAGCAAUAAACACUCAUUCCUU